UGUUUGGAAGAAUGAUGAGCUGCUGUGUGGCUCUCCUCCUGACCUUCAGCUCUGUGUCAGCUGUAAGACGAGCGCUCAACUCAAUCACUGAUCUGAGGUCAGUAGGCUUUGGCCAGUCUGUGCCUGAGCAGAGCCUCUGGUUGCUCCACUGGUUUGCCAAUGAAAUUGACAUUGACAUAAACGGUGAGAUAAGUCUGAUCUUUGACCCACAUAGUGGUGAUUAUGGCUCACAUCAUUAUCGCAACGAUGAACAGCUGUUAGAGCCACGGCCGAGGGGAUAUCAGUACUACAGUCUUGGUAAUAUCCAUCGAGAAGGAUCGUUGCGACUUCCACAUCAUGUCUUCCAAUUAGAGCACGAGGCCGGCAACAGGGCUCGGAUCAUAAUCAGAGUCAGGGAGCCAAACCAUGGAUGGCGAACUUCACAGAGAAUAGACCGAGUCUAUAUCACACAGCAUUAUGGUACAUCUGAACAUCGAGGGACAGAUUAUGAUCCACAAUAUACAUAUGAGAUCACUGCUGACCUCUUAAGAGCGAUCAGCAAGUUUUCCAUGGACAGUAAUGACAUCAAUUUACUGAUGUCUCUCAGAGACCACUUUAGAAGCAGCGCUGAUGACUCCCAGCUAUCAGAGAUGAGAAACACGUGGGGUGACCUCGCUUGUCUUGGACUGUUGUUGUUUAUUGUGAUCCAGAAGAGCAAUUCCUCUCACAAACACAACAGAUGGCAGCCAUCACAGAGAAGCAACACACUAAGUGAUACUGUGGUCAACAUCACAGAGAGCAGGCAACACAAUGCUUUUGUCUCCCCAGAAAGCUUCAACUCUACUUUGCAGGACAACAACACCUGUGUUAGGUGUUUCUGUGUUGUGUUUGGUGUUUCAGUCAUCUUUGGUCUUCUGUAUCUGGCAUACUCACUUAUAUAUUAAUUUAACUACAAUCAGUGUCAACACACAGAUUAAAUAGAGCAUUUUAUUACAGUGUACUGCCACUGACUGCAAAACCCUUGAGCAAACCGUGUUUCGCCAUCAGUCUUCCUCCUGCAGUCUUGAUACACUCCCUUUUUUCUUUUCCUCAGAAGCUCAGCCCCUAAACUCUUUUUCCUGACAUUUUCCCUGCAGCACUGAAGACUGAAGUUGUCAAUCCUUCUUGAAAAAACAGAGAAAUUGGUAUAUUUUACACUAUAAUAUUUAUUGUCUUUAUUAUUGGUUUCAAAGUAUCCAUAAGAUUGUUGAAAAUGUAGUUUGUUUUUAUUCAGCCAAUUUUGUUCUGUCUAUGCUUCCUUUAAUAGAGGGUGGCUUAUCAUAACUACGCAGAUAACACCCUGAUUUAAGGCUGUAAGUGACUCAGCUUUUUCGAGAGAAAUUGCUAAUUUAUGGAUUUAUUUUUUGAUCCCCAACUUUCCCCAUUUCUAUUUUAAUAAUCAGCUACAUUUUUUAAUUUCACACCACAUCAUCUCAUAUUUCAUGACUUUCCUUAAUAAGGGUUUAUUAAUUGUAUAGUAAAUAAACCCAGUUAGUUUGAUCUCACAUUGUGUGUGAUAAAAAGAAAAAUAAAUUACAACCAGAACUCCAUGUCCUAAGAAACAGUCAGCUACAACACUUUGUUACAACCAGUUGAAUAACAGGAGUUAAGAUAAGAUAAGAUAAGAUAAAACUUUAUUAAUCCCUCGGGUGGGUUCCUCUGGGAAAUUCGGUUGUUGUUCCAUUGUACACUUUGAAAUAGUGUUUCCUUGCUUGAACUGAAAACCUUAAAGACUUAGAUGCAAAACAAAACAAGAAGAGAAACAAAGGUUUCUCUUUAGGACUUUGUGAACUUGUUUUCUCCUUUUUAGCUUCAUUUGUUUUUGUUUUUUUAUCUACAUGAAUCUUAUUUAUUACACUUCUGUAACAACACUGGCUCCCGUUUCUGUCUGUUUUUUGUGCGCAUUUUCUAUUUUCAAUGCAUGUUGCUGCUUUCUUCAUGUUCUAUCUACCUGUAUGUAUCCCAAACAACCCAAAUAUUAGAGAAACAAACAUCUUGUGACACAUCCUGUGUUGGAAUCAUCAAUUUAACUGACAGACGUUUUGCUGACUUAUUCUUCUGUUCAAUCAGGUUCAACAGCUUGUUAAGGUCUACAAAUACUUUUUGCACAUUUAGAUUUUUGCAGGUGUUUAUUUGUAGACAUAAAAAUUAUAUAUAUUUUCCUCUACUUGGUCUGGAAAUAAAAAUU